AAUGCCAACAACGCCAUCAUCAAUAAUAACACCAACUUAGUAGGCUGUGGGAAGUUGCCCCAGAACAGCGCCAACGUAAAACGCAUAUCAGCGGUACCGAUGGGCAAGUUUUCCCGCCCCACUCUGCCGCCUCUGCAGUCGGUGAACUUGGGCUGUGGAGAUGGCUUUGUGCACACCCCUUUCACCCCUAUAAACACAGAAGCCACACCCACACCUCGGACGGGGACCGUGACCUCCUCGCCCACCUCCCCUUUCUCCAGGGUCAGGCUAAAGCCAAACCUCACGUCCACCUCGAUCGGGACCACCGCUACCACUGCUGCUACAGUGUCAAACACCAUCCCAAACGAAGUAUCACAGCCACGACCGUUGCAGGCCUCAGCAACGUGUCCGCUCAUACCUGAGGUGUUUCGCGCCACCACAAACAGCAACACUAGCGCCCUCCAACGGAGUCCCAGCACAUCACGCUUCGCUCAGACCCAGCUACCCUGUAAAUUCGCCCCCAACAACAGCUUGCCACCAGAAUCCCUCAACUUCCCACCCAUCAUUGAUGCCCUCUGGGAAGAACCCGAUGGCAGUGAAGAUCGAUCUCAGCCGAGCAGUUCACUGGUGUCAAUCAAUGUCGAGGCACUGCCACCACCACCGCCACACAUUCUGAACCCCUUUAUUCAACGAACCUCACCACAGACCUCGGUCAGUCUCCAGUCCUGUCAUCACGUUCCUGGUGUCUCCACUUUCUGCAAUUCUGCCUGCUGCCAACAGAAGCACCAGCAACAGCAUCAGAAAGGAGAGGAGAUUGUAGUGGAGAAGGUAGAGAAUGAAGAUGUCUCCUCCACAAAGCCUCCACCUCCCGUACUACCAGCGAUUGAGGAGGCCCAGAAAAUCUACGAUUCUCUGCCCGAUAAUACUCUCUUCCUUCAACCGGAUAGUAUUCGUCUCAUGGAUCGUUUGGGGGAUGGAGCCUUUGCCUCCUCCUCCUCCUCCUCCCUCCUCCUCCAGAGUCAGGUAAAUCCUCAGACUCCUACGAUCUCUGAUGCACACAUGGAAAGUAGGUGGGAAACGGGUACGGACUGCAACCUAGAUGGCUUUUACACUAAAUUUUGUGCUCAAUUGGGCCUACGACGACAGCAGGCGGAGCUCACCAGUCCCUCCUAA